AUGGAAAGUGUUGCGGAAUCGUCGAUUGUGCCUCCGGGCUUUCGAUUUCACCCGACCGAUGAAGAACUCGUCGGGUAUUAUCUCAAGAGGAAGGUCAACUCUCUCAAAAUUGAUCUUGAUGUGAUCAUUGACAUUGAUCUCUAUAGAAUUGAGCCAUGGGACAUUCAAGAUAGGUGCAAAUUGGGGUAUGAAGAACAAAAAGAGUGGUACUUUUUCAGCCACAAGGAUAGGAAGUACCCGACGGGCACGCGGACCAACCGGGCCACGGCCGCGGGCUUUUGGAAGGCGACGGGUCGGGACAAGGCCGUGCUCUCGAAGGACAAGCUCAUAGGGAUGAGAAAGACUUUGGUUUUUUAUCGAGGCCGGGCUCCAAACGGGAGAAAAUCCGACUGGAUCAUGCACGAAUAUCGGCUACAAACAUCCGAAAAUGAACCCACUCAGGAAGAAGGUUGGGUCGUUUGCCGCGCGUUCAAGAAGCCAACACCAAACCACAAACAAGGCUUCGAAUCUUGGACUAACUCGACUUCCUUAGCACAAAACUUUAACCUCCAUAAUCAAGGCACGACGAGCUUUAUCAAUCCGCCUCUAUCCAACGUUCGGAAUCCUUUAGUAGAGCUUCGAAACCUCGGGAGCCCCUCGAUUUCCACGAGUUUCGCCAGCACAAAAGAAAAUAUUUUCGACCAGAAGGGGAUAUUUGAUAGUAUUGGAAGUAAUAGUCUGUAUGGGGAUUAUUGGAAGAGUUUUGAUAGGUUGCUUGAGUCUCAAGUAAUCGGGCCGUCAUCGUCGUUUUCCGUUCAGCCAAACAUGCCCUUGGUGAUGUCAUCACACAAUCAUGGGCUUCUUGCUGAUGAUCAAGCUCAUAUGAGCCAUGUACUUGAAUGUUUUCCAGACUUGUAG